CGGGCCGGGCCGUGGUUGGCUGAAGGCUGUUGCUGGCGCCCCGCAUGGCGCUGGCGGCCAGCCCCGAGGUGCUGGCGUUCCGGGUCCCUACGGAGAGCGGCAAGGCCCUGCUGGUCUGGGGGUUAGAGGAGGGGGCGGAGCAGUCUCUGUUUUCAGCAUUUUCUGAGUUUGGGUUGCUGUAUUCAGUUCGAGUUCACAGAAAUGCUGCAGUCGCGGGGCCUGGGUAUUAUGCCCUGGUCAAGUUCUAUUCAGCUAGAGAUGCCAGCAGAGCCCAACGUGCGUGCAACAGGCAAAGAUUAUUUCAGAAAUCUCCCUUAAAGGUUUGCAUUUGCACCAGACAAAAGGCCUUUCAGCAGCAAGUCCUUGCUCUGAGGAGUUACAAGUGUAAGGAAUUAGCCAAUUAUUACCUUGGCUUCAAUGGCUGGUCGAACCGGAUCAUCACGCUGCAGAAUAUUUCUGGGUUUGACUUGGAGAAUGAGGAGCUGGGAGGGUUGCCAGAGAGGCAGUGCCUGAAAUACCUAUGCGUUGUGGAAGUAACACUGCCCCAUCAUGGGAUCUGCACCAGAGGACUUGGCAUUGCUGAGGCAUAUGUAGAAAAUGGCCGAGAUCCCCUUGAGUUUGUCAUGAAAACAGGAAAUGUUCAGAAACUUGCAGUUGAGAAAGCUCUGUCGGGUGCAUUUCAGAAGAUACUUCUCAUAGUUUUAGAGAAUGGUAAGGUGGCUGUGGAGUACAACUCUGCCCAAGAGGAACCUAUUGAUUCCUUAACAGACGAGGAGCUGAGAGGUCUUAUUCAGGUCAAUGACUUGUCCUUGGAGCAGCUGAACCUUGAAGAAGAAGAAGAAUUUCUGUCUGAUUUCUGUUUUGAUGAAGGGCACCUGCUGGAGGGGAGACAAUCUAAUUAGUGUGGCUUAAAGUAUUCUGGGAGUUUUACAGUAUUUCAAAUCAUUGCUCAGGAAUGAAAGCAUAAGGCUGUGACAUUGCACAUGCUAAAUGUUUUAGAUGCUUUAUUUCUUUCUGAUUAUACAGUGGUGGAAAUAAAUGGUUCAUCUAUUGUUACUAAAAUAAAGACAGACAAACAGCUAAGGAUCCCCUGGUUCAUCCCUUCCUUCAUGGGCCCUGAGAACACCAGGAUUGCCUGCGUUGCCUUCAGCAUGGGCAUAACAGCUGCAGCUCUGCAUUAAGAUAGAUUAUAAUCAAAUUUCAUGCUGCAGGGUUUCAGCAGGUCAACCUGCGGGGGUCAGGAAGAUAUUUUUUCCCUCAGUGCACAGUUGGCCAGGUGUAGUCUCUGAGAGAGCAGGUGGGUGCCCUGCCACAGGAAACCUUAAGUAGCUGCAGAAUUUACACACACAGACACCUGUAUGCUCAGAAACAUUUCUUUAACUAUCAUGUAAUCUACCAAGCCAGUCAGUUGCAAGAUAAAAGCGAUUUUCCUAUGGGCCCUUUCCUUUUUUGGAUUAACCUGCCAUAGUGCCAAACAAAGGCCCUUUUUCACUUAGAAAGUGCAAGUUUUGCAUUACAUUGACAUUAAACUGCAGCAUGAGGCUUCCUGUAUUAAACAAGUGAGCUUCAGAGAUGCAGGUUAUUUGGUGUUAUAACAGAUUCCCCAAAUCAUAGAAGUGUAAGACUGGAAGGGACCUCAAGAGGUCAUCUAGUCCAGUCCCCUGCACUCAUGGCAGGACUAGGUAUUAGCUAGACCAGCCCUGACAGGUGUUUGUCUAACGU